AUGACAAUUGAUAAAGAUUUUCUAUUAAAAUUUACUCAUAUUGAUGAACAAGAUGAAUAUAAACGAAAUGAUUCAAUACAAAUUGGUUUUGAACAAGAACUUAAAUCUAUAACAGUACAUAGUGGUGAUUCAGCUCGAUUUGAAGCUAAAAUACGUUUAAUAUCUGUAUCAUCAUGUAAAAUAAUUGAUCGAUCAUUAUUAAAUAUUGAAUGGCGUUUAAAUGAUAUAUGUAUUAAAAAUGAUAAUAAUUUUAAAUAUCAAUUUGGUUCUACACCAGAAGAAAAUCGUUAUUGGAUGGUUAUACAAAAAUGUCAACAACAAGAUGAAAAAGUUUAUACAAUAUAUAUUAGUUAUGAUAAUGGAACAUUACAUGAUGAAUCAAGUGCUUAUCUUUUUGUUAAUAACAUAACAACCGAAAUUGAAGAACAAUCUAUUCAGACAACUCAAAGAGAAUUAACUACUAAUAAUACAUGGUCAUUAGCAACAUCUCUUAAGCGUUUUGUACCACCGACAAUAACUCGAUUACUUCAACCUUCAUAUCAAUACUAUUCUGGUGAACAAUUACAUUUUUUAAUUGAAUAUAUAUCUCCAUCAGAUGAAUGUCAUUGUACUUGGCAAGUACAAUAUUUAAAUGAUAAGACACCACGACCAAUAGAACAUGGAUUUGUAGUUAAUGCAGAUUGUUCAUCUAUCUUAAUUAUUGAAUCGAUUACUUCAAAAUUACAAGGUUUAUAUACAUUCUAUGUUGAAAAUGUUUAUGGACGUGCUAUGACACAAACAAUUGUUAUUGUUAAGACAAACAAUACUGAUGAUGCUAUACGAGAAUAUCAAGAAAUACUAAGUGAAAAAUCGAAAAAAACAGAAGAAUAUCGUAAUGAUUAUCGUCAUUUUUAUUCGAAUGGGUCAUAUCAUAAAAGUAGUACUUCAACAAUAAAUGAUACAUCAUCAAGUGAAUCAUUAGAAUAUGACGAUCUUAAAGUUCAGAUUUAUAAUGGAAAAUCAUCAAGAUCUAUGUCAUUUACUGAUGAAAAACUGACGUUACCAUUAAUCAAUAAAGAACGAUUAAAUGAAGAAAAAGAAACCAUGAAAAUUGAUAUAUUGAAUGGCAAAGAUUUAUAUGGUCAACGACAUAUUGCAUAUUUUGAUCCAUCUAUUAAAUUCGAAAAUGUUGAAUCAAUUGAACAAUUUGAAAAUGAAGAUGUUGUUCCACGAAUUCCAAUGAAUAAUUAUCAAAUAAAGAAUGUAAGUGGACGUGAUUCAACAGUUCGAAUUAAAUUUGAACUUCCACCUCCACCACCCAUUGAUGAUAUUCUUGAAGAACAUAUUUAUGAGGACAUUCCAAAUAUUAUUCCUAAUCUAGAAGUUUCUACCAUGAACCUUAUCCAACAACAAUUGUCUCCAAUCAUAGAUAAUGAUUUCAGUACAACUGAACAAUCACAACUUAUUUCCUCUUCAUCGAAUUCACUCGAUGAAGUUCUACAUAAUGUUGAGCAAUGGUCUGAUAUUAUUGCUGAUAAUGAUACAUGUUCAUCAUCAUCACCACGUCAAAUUUCAAAAAUUUCACAUUUACUUCCAUCAACAAAUGAAUAUGUCGAUGAACCAUAUAUAAGCCAUCGAUUAGAUAUUAAUUCAACUAGUAUUCGAAAUAUUUCUUUAAUUGAUGACUUAAAUCAAGAAAUAUUUCUUGAUGUAAAUCUUAUAGUUUACCAAGAACCAAAUGAAAUUGAUGAUCAAUCUACAUUAAUUAUACAGUCGAAUACUAUGACUAAUGAAAUCAUCAUUGAAGAAAGUUCAGUUAAUCUUGAUAAUAGUGAUUGUAUUGAAUCUUUAGAAUCGUUUGAAUAUGAAUUAUUAACAAAUCAAAUUGAACUUACUGAUUUAUUAAAUGAAUCACAUGAUCAAUUGAAACUUGUUAACACUGAUAAUCAAAUAGAAACACAAUCAAUAGAAGUUAAUCAAAUAAUAUCGAUUAUGAAAGAGCAAGAAGAAAACAAAACUCUAAUUUCAACAUAUUUAUCAAAUAUUAUCGAUCAAGUAAUUGAAAAAUUUCAUGUAGAAGAUGAAUUAUUCGAAGCUAAAAAAACUUUUGUUAUCGAUACUCAAGCACCAAAUGAACAAUUAUUAUCAGAAAACAACAUUGAAAUUCAUUUGUCAUUGAAUCAAUCAGAUAACAAUUCUUCAAUACAAUCAACUUCACGUAAUUUACUUUCAACAGAACCAACUUUAUUCAUUGAUAUUGUAGAAGAAGAAGAAGUUUUAACAUUAAAUAUACAUAAAACUGAAGAAUCAUAUGAAAUUUUAUCAAACAAAAUUGUUGAUUAUAUUGAUAUACCAACAUGUAAAACAUAUUCAGAUGAUCAAAAACCUGAAGCUAUUAUUAUUACAACCGAAGAAAUUUCAUCCGUAAAUUCAUCUAUUCAAACAAUACAAGAUACUUGGAGUAGUGAACAGUCUUCUAUUAUAUUUCGUACUAUUAUUCAUGAAAAAUUACCGAGUGAAUCAAUAGAAUCUUUAUCUGUUCCAGCUCAAUUAGAUUUAUUACCACUUGCAACAAUGCCAGAUCAAACAACAAAUACAGAUGAGCAACGUAUACCAGAUAGAAUUGUUCAAGAUGUUCUUUCGGCUUCACUCGAACCAAGAAAAGUUACUCAUAUUGAAGGUACUACAGAAAUAAUACCAAUCAUUUUAUCUUCAUCAACAGAGAAUUCAAACAAAGUUACUAUUGUAAAUGAUUUUGAUGAAUUCUUUGAUGUUGAAUCAGAAUUUCUAAAUGAAAUGACAAAAACAGAUGUUACAUUAAUUACAUCAUUGGAGAAACCUUCAAUUACUCUUGCUGUAGCCGAAAAAUUACAACAUGAUGCUGCUAUUGAUGAUUUUAGUGAAAUUAAACUCGAUCUAACAUUAACAAAAAUACCAACUACUGUAGAAAAUUUUAGUUUAAUAGAAAAUGAAGUGAAUACAUUAAUAUCUUUACCAUUACAAACAAUUAAAAAAGAUGAUGUUGAAGAUGUAAUAAUAGAAAAAUUUGAAAAUAAAAAAGAAGAACAAACAAUUUCACAUCGACAACAAAUUGAUUCUGAUAAAAAAUCUAAAUUAAUGAAAAAGAAGAAAAAAAUUAUAUCACAUAGUCCUGUUGAUAACAAUCAAAAACCAUUAAUUAUCGACAAGAAAAAAACGACAGAAAUCAUUUCGAAAAAAUCUACAACAACAACAACAACUGAAGAGAUAACAUCAGUUGAUCAAAAUAUUUCACAAAGUAUUCCUUCUGAAUCAGAAAAACAAAAUUCUUCAGAAGAAAACAUAUCAGAUUUACAAAAAAUUCCUGAUGAAAAGAAAAAAGAACAAAUUAUUAUUGAAAAACCAGUAUCGAUUGAAUCAUCCAAUCAAAAACAAACUGAUCAAUGUCCAUCGUCAGAUGGAUUGUCUAUUUCUCAACAAGGAUCAUCACCUAACACGUCGAUUACUCAUACAGAAACAGAAUUAGUUCGACCAAAAUUUUCUCUUCGUCUAAAACCAACAACCAUAGUAAAUAAUAAUGAUAAACUUAAACUCGAAGUUCAUUUCAUUGGUCAACCAAAACCAAAGGUAACAUGGUAUUUUAAAUCAAAUGUACUCGUACCUUCAUCUAAUGUACAUAUUGAUCAAUCACAUGAUGUUCAUACGUUUAGUUCAAUAUUAACUAUCGAUAAAAUAAAUUUUAAUUAUGAUGGUAAAUUUAAAGUAAUAAUAAAGAAUGAAUUAGGUGAAGCUGUUAGUGCUGCACAAGUAAAUGUUAAACGAGAAUCUAUAACAAUACAACUUCAUACACCUGUGAAAAAAAUAAUCAUGAACAAGACUGAAAUGCCUCCAAAGAAUGAUAAUAAUUGCUUAUUGUCUUCGAAUAUAAGUAACGGUGAAAGUGAAAAAAUGCUUAAUGAAGCUUCAAAUGCUACUGUAAGACGUCAUUCCAGUACAUUUGCUAUACCUGAAGGAAAGCCUAGUUUCCCUCAAGCACUUGAAAAUGAAUUAUUUAUUAAUGAAGAUGAUCCACUUACUCUCGAAUGUAUAAUUGCUGGUAAUCCAUUACCUGAAUUAAUUUGGUUAUAUAAUGAUCGUAAAAUAAUCUUUGGAGAUGGUUAUGAUAAAAAGACUGAAACAUUAAAUGCUCAUACUGUUCGUCAUCAAUUACAAAUAAGUUCUAAACAUAAAAAGUUAGGUGUUUUUAAAGCUCAAGCACAAAAUACCUAUGGUCAUACAAUAAGUACAUGUCAGGUUAAAAAAUUUGCACAAUCAAUUAAUCAACGAAGAGCUGCAUUUGAAGAAUCAGAAUUACAAACUCCUAGUGCACCUAUUCAAAGACGUCGUUCAAGUAUAACACAACCUAAUGUUGAUCAAACUCAACCAAUAACACAAAAACCAAUUAUUGUUCAAGGUCUUUCAAAAUUUCAAAUUGAUUUAGGUUCACCAUGUGCAUUAAAAUGUAAAUCAAAAUAUGAUACGGAACAUCAAUGGUUUAAAGAUGGUAAAUUUUUUGAUCCUACAAACUUAAAGGAUGGAAAUAUGUUUACAAAAGUUGAUCGUUCACAUGAUGGAAAUAUACAUGUACUUAAUAUAAAACAAUUUAGACAAGAAAAUGUAGGUCAUUAUGAAUUAAUAUUAAAAAAUAGUUUGGGAGAAAUUAAUUCAAAAGGACAAUUAGAAAUGAGGGGUAUACCACCAACAUUUACUAUUGAACCAAAAUCAGCAGCAGGUGUUAAAGGAAAAAUGGUAGAAUUUAAUUGUCGUGUUGCUGGAAGUCCUAAACCAGAAGUACAAUGGUUUCUUAAUGGACAACUUUUACGUUCUGGUGGUAAAAUUUCUAUUGUUGAAGAGCGUGGUUUAUUUGUUCUUCGUAUAAAUAGUGUUACAGAUAAUGAUGCUGGUACAAUAAAAUGUCUUGUAAAAAAUAUUCUAUCAGAAAUUUCACGUGAAGUUCAAUUACAAAUUACUGGUGAACAACGUGCACCAAGUAUAAUUGACAAAUCAAAAUCCAUUGAAGUUAAUCCUAAUGACAGUGUUGAAUUUUUUGUUAAAAUAUCUGGUGCACCAACACCAACAGCUACAUGGACUCGAAAAGGAAUGCCAAUAUCUUCAAAUGAAUUCUAUCAAUUAAGAACAGAAAAUGAUAUGCAUUAUUUAUUAAUUAAAAAAGCUGUGGCUGAUGUUAUGGGAACUUAUCUUAUAACAGCCAUUAAUAUUGUUGGACGAGCUUCAACUGAAAUUGAUCUUAGUAUUACAGGUUUAAGUACAUUAUUUGAAAGACCAUUACGUGAUACAUCAGUUACACAAGGACGUCCAUUAACACUUGAUUGUGAACUUGAUAUUAAAAAAGGUGUACCAACAAUUGUUUGGAUGAAAAAUAAUCAACCAAUAGAAAAAUCAGAUCGAAUAAUUGCAUCUGUGAAAGGAAACAAAGUUCAUGUCUUAACAAUAAAACAAGCUGUACCAUCGGAUGCUGGUUAUUAUAGUGUAAAAGCUACUUUAGGUAAUGAACAAAGUAUAUCUGAUGCUCAAGUUGUUGUUGAAGUCGCUCCAACAUUUGUUAAACUACCUGAAAUAGUCACUGUUGUUGAUGGACAAGAUUGUGAAAUAAAUAUGGAAGUAUUUGGUUUACCACCUCCUCAAAUAAAAUGGUCACAUUUAGCUGAAGAUUUAGUAACAAAUGCUAAAUAUAAAAUAACAGCGAAUGGUACUAGUCAUCAAUUACGUAUUCAACAUGCAACAGCACAAGAUGCCGGUGAAUAUCAAGUUAUGUGUUCAAAUAAUCUUGGUCGUAUAACAGGAAAAAUCGAAGUUCGAAUAUCAUCACCACCUAUUAUAGUUCAACCAUUAAAAGAUUUACUUGUACCAAUAAAACGUAUAGCUCGAUUAGAAACACAAGUUUAUGCAUACCCAGACCCGAAAAUAAACUGGUCAAAAGAUGCCAUACCAAUUGAUUUUAAUUUAUCUCCUGCACGAAUAAUUGCUGAAGAACGUCGAGGAACUUAUUCAUUAGUUAUUAAAAAUGUACAAUUAGAAGAUGGUGGAUUUUAUGUAUGUUCAGCACAAAAUCCACUUGGUACAACUAAAACAUCAGCUACAUUAACAAUUGAAGUAGCACCAGUAUUUUUACAAAAAUUAGAAAAAUUAGAAGGUGUAGAAAAUUGUGAUAUUGAUAUUCGUGUACAAGUUGCUGGUUAUCCAAAGCCUUCAUUAGUUUUUUCAUUUAAUCAAAAACCUAUUGAUUUAAGACAACGAUAUAUAUUAAAAGAACUUAAAGAUGGUUGGUAUAUAUUUACAAUUGCAAAUGCACAAUCAUCCGAUGCUGGUUCAUAUUCAUGUACAGCAACGAAUUCACUUGGACAAGCAUCAUGUGUUGCUAAAUUAACAUUAUUUCCAUUAGCACCACCAAAUUUUACAAAAACUUUAACUGAUGCAAUAUUUCCUGUUGGUGGAAUAUUAAAAGCUGAUCUUAAAGUAAGUGGUUUACCAUUACCACGUUUAACAUGGCUUAAAGAUGGACAAGUUUUUGAUGAAAAUGAUCGUAUAUCAAUUGUAUUUGAUACACGUUCAGCAACAUGGACAUUAACAAUACGUGAUUGUCAAGAACAUGAUACAGGUGUUUAUGAAUGUCGUGCUAAAAAUCCUGGUGGAGAAAAAUCAACUAAAUGUACAAUAACAGUUUCUGGUGAAGCACCAGCAUUUAUUGAUACACCGGAAAAAGUUAGUUGUUUGGAAGGACAAAUAGCUGUAUUUGGAUGUCGAGUAUCUGGUGAUCCAUAUCCAAUGGUUAUAUGGUCAAAAGGCAAAACAAAAACAUUUGUAGAAAAUACACCAAAAUAUUCACUUUAUUAUGAUGAUGAACUUGAUGCACAUUUUUUUGAAAUUAAUCAAUGUUCACAAGCUGAUACAGGUAUAUAUACAGUUACACUUCAAAAUGUACAUGGAACAUUAACAAAGCCUGUUUCAUGUUUUACUGUAACAAAACCAGAUGAAGUUAUUGAUUAUAAAAGUAUUUUACGUAAAAUGGUAGCUUUAGUACGUGAUCGUGAAGCUGGUCCUGAUUGGGGUAAAUUAAAGAAAGGUAAAGCUAUACCAAAAGGUCCAGGUGAUCCUGGAUGGCAAUAUCAAUUAAAACAUUUCGAAUUAACUGGUGAUGCACAUUUAAAAACACAUGAUAAAGGUCAAAGUGGAGAUUUAUUAGGUUUAUCACCUAGUGGUUUUGCUAAACGUCGAUCAACAGGAGGUAUGGGUAGUAAUGAAAAUUUACCAGAUGAUGGCGGAUAUGGAUUAGGUGGACCAAGAUCAGGAACUGGUAAAGAUCAUCGACCAUCGCGUCUCGGUCUUGUAACAUUUACAAAACCACUUUCAAAUAUAACUGUACAUGAAGGUAAAAAUGCUGCAUUUGAAUGUAAUGUAUCUGAAGCUGAAGCACCUGUAACAUGGUUUAUUAAUGAUCAACCUGUACCUAAUCAACGUGCACAAACAUUAUCCAUUGGUAAAACACGACGUCUUGUAUUAAAAGACUGUUUAUUAAAUGAAAAUAAUUCAACAAUAACAUGUACACUUGAUGAAGCAACAAAAACUAGUGCACAAUUAUUUGUUAAAGAAGAACCAUUUGAUUUCACAGAAAAGUUAAAAAAUUUAAAAGUAAAACGUGGUGAUAAAUGUGAAUUACAAUGUACGGUUAAUAAACCAAAUAUUGCAUUACAAUGGUUUAAAGAUGGUAAACCAAUAACAGAUAUUAAAGAAGAAGUUAAUGGUUUAGUUCAUCGAUUAAUUAUACCAACAACUACUGAUGCAGAUAAAGGUAUUUAUACAGCAAAAUAUCAAGAUAUACAAACAGAAGGACAUGUAGAAAUAUUAGGUCCACCACAAAUUGUUAAACCUCCAACUGAUUCUAUUCUUCUUGUUGGUCAAUCAGUUGUUCUUACUGCUGAAGUAACUGGUAGUCCAAAACCACAAGUUACAUGGUUAUUUAAAGGUCAACCACUUAAAUCAACAGCAACAAAACAUCAAAUUGAUGCAAAAAAAGAUGGUAUUUACACUUUAACUAUUCUUAAAGGUGAAUCAGCUGAUGAAGGUGAAUAUACAAUCAUAGCUGAAAAUCCUGUUGAUAAAGUUCAAGCACAUGCUAAAGUAAAUGUAUGUACAAAACCAAAAGUUGAUAAAUUAGCUGAUGUUGCAGUUAAUAUUGGUGAAAAUGCUCGUAUACAAUGUCAAUAUUCAGGUAAUCCAACACCAACUAUUACGUGGUAUAAAGAUGAAAAACCUAUACCAAAGAAUGAUCAACGAUUUACAAUUACACAAGAAACAUCAACAUUAUCUGUAUUAACAAUUCAUAAUACAAAUAUGGAUGAUAAAGGUGUUUAUUCAGUUAAAUUAACAAAUAAAGCUGGUGAAGUUGAAGGAAAAGCUAAUUUAGUUAUUAAACCAAUCAAACCAAAUAUAACUCGUGAUCUCAAUGGAGCAUAUACAGGUACAAAAGAUGAAGAUCUUAUAAUAUCAAUAGCUGGUACUGGUAAUCCAACUCCAACAUGUCAAUGGUUUAAAAAUAAUACUGAAUUAACAUCAACAACAGAUAAACGUAUACAAUUUAAAGAAGAUAAAACAACAAAUGAAUAUUUUCUCAUUAUUAAAAAUGCUAAUCAAGAUGAUAUGGGAGAAUAUCAAGCACAAUUAACAAAUGUUGCUGGUUUAAUUAAAUCAAAAAAAAGUAAAGUUACUAUACAAAAACAACCAACAUUUAUUAAAAAACCACAAUCAAUUACUGUUAAUCAAACUGAUACAGGUAAAAUAGAAUGUCAAAUUGAUGCAUUACCACAAGCAAAACUAACGUGGUUAGCUAAUGGUAAACCAGUUACAGUUAAAGAAGGAUAUGAAACAACAUAUGAUAUGAAAACUGGUAUUGCAACAUUAAGUGUUAAAAAUAUUACAACAAAACAUGCGGGUCCAAUAACUAUUCGUGCAGAAAAUGCAGCUGGUACAGCUGAAGAAACAGUUAAUAUUAAUGUUCGUUCUGCACCAAUUCUUCUUAAACCAUUAACUGAUACAGAAGUUAUUACUAAUAGUGAUGCAUCAUUUACUUGUGAAUUUCAAUCAUCACCAACAGCAAAUAUUCAAUGGUUUCAUGAUGGUAAACCAAUAAAUGCAACACCGAAUAAAUAUGAUAUAACAUAUGACACAAAAACUAAUCAACAUAAACUUAUUAUUAAAAAUACAACAUUAAAUGAUCAUGGAACUUAUAGUGCAAAAGCAACAAAUGAACUUGGACAUAUUCAAACAGAUGCUAAACUUUAUGUUAUUAAUGCACCAGAUUUCGUAUCUGGUUUAAAAGAUAAAACAGUUAUUGCAAAAGAAACAAUUGAAUUAAAUGUUAAAGUUAAUGGUACACCACAACCAACAUUAACAUGGUUAAAAGCUGGAAAAGAAAUCAAACCUGAUGAUAAAAAAUAUUCUAUUGUACCUAUAGAUAAAGAUGGCAAUGCAAAAUUAAUAAUAAAAGAUAUUAAUGAAGAUGAUCAUGGUUUAUAUUCUUGUAUAGCUAAAAAUAAAGUUGGUACAAAUCAAACUGAUGGUCAUUUAACUGUAACAGCACCAUUAAAAUUUAUUCAACCAUUACAAGAUACUGAUGUACUUAAUACACAGAAUGCAACAUUAACUUGUGAAGUACAAGGUAUUCCGAAAGCAAAUGUUAAAUGGUUCUUUAAUGAUAUUGAACUUAAAUCAACACAAAAACAAACAAUAUCAAGUAAACAAAAUGUUCAUUCAUUAACAGUUAAUCGUGCUGAUCAGACUGAUGCUGGUGUUUACAAAGCAGUUGCUGAUAAUGGUACUGGUAAAACUGUUGAAACAACAUGUACUCUUACUGUUGGCAGUAAACCAAAAGUCGAAGGUAAACCUAAUGAUGUUACAGUCAAUGUUGAACAACCAGCUGUACUUGAAUGUACAUUUUCUGGUUUUCCAAAACCUGAAGUAACUUGGUUUAAAGAUAAUAAUCCAAUAGUUCCCGAUAAGCGCAUAACAAUUCAUGAAGAUAAACCAAAUGUUCAUUCAUUAAAAAUUGCUCCAUCACAACUUGAUGAUAAAGCAACAUAUACAUGUAAAGCUAAAAAUCGAUUUGGUGAAGUUGAAGCGAAAAUGAAUUUAACUGUUAAUUCAAUUAAACCAAAUAUUGUUCGUGAUUUACCCGAACAACAAAUUAUUGAAAAAAAUAAACCAUUAGAACUUCAAGUUGAAGUAACUGGUUUACCACAACCACAAGUUAAAUGGUUUAAAGGUAAUGAUGAAAUUAAUCCAACAACAAAUAAAGAUUAUCAAAUAACAUUUGAUAAUAAACAAACAUAUACAUUAACUGUAAAAAAUUGUUCACCUGAUCAUCAAGCUGAAUAUUCAGUACAAGCAACAAAUCCAGGUGGAACAGUUAAAUCAAAGAAAACAAAAGUUGUUGUACAGAAAAAACCUGAAUUUAUUAAAUUACCACAAUCACAAACAGUUAAAGAUGGACAACCAGUUAUAUUUGAAGCACAAAUUGAUGCUUAUCCACAACCAAAAGUGACAUGGCUUAAAAAUGACAAACCAUUAACACCUGAUCUUGGUUUUGAAAGUCAAUUUGAUACUAAAACUGGUCAAAUAACACUUAAACAUAAAGGUGCAACUCCAAAACUAGCUGGCCCACUUAUCUGUCGAGUAGAAAAUUCAGCUGGCACAACAGAUGCACCAGUAACACUUGAUGUUCAAACUGUACCAGUUAUUACCAAGAAAUUAACUGAUCAAGAAGUUAUGGUCAAUAAUGAAAUUCGUUUUGUUACUGAUAUUACAGGUUCACCUUCACCGAAAAUAUCUUGGAUAAAAGAUGAUGUUCCAAUAAAACCUGAUGCCAAUCAUAUUAUCGAAUCGGAUGGUACAACUCAAACAUUAAUUAUUAAAAAUGCUAAAAUACCUGAUGAAGGUAAAUAUCGUGUAUUAGCUGAAAAUCCCCUUGGUCAUGUUGAAUCAACUGCACAAUUAACAAUUCUUGAACAUCCAAUAGUUGAUCAACCAUUUGGUAAUGUAACACAACCAAUUGGUUCUGAUGUUACACUUAAAUGUAAAGUUAUCGGUGGUCGACCAAAAGCAACAACAACAUGGCUUAAAAAUGGUAAAGAAUUAAAACCUGAUGAUCGACAUAAAAUAAAAUUAUUACCUGAUGGUACAUGUGAAUUAUUUAUUAAAUCACUUGAUGAAACAGAUCAUCAAGAUAAAUAUACAUUAUUAGUUAAAAAUAAAGUUGGACAAAACGAAAUUAAUUCAACAAUAACAGUUAAAGCACCAUUAGAAUUUGUUCAACCAUUAAAAGAUGAAGAUGUUCUUUCACAAUCACCAUGUGUAUUAACUGUUGAAACAAAUGGAAUACCAAAACCAACAGUUAAAUGGCUUUUUAAUGAUCAAGAAAUUAAAAAUACUCCUAAAACUAAACUUGAAUCUAAACAAAAUACUCAUACAUUAACAAUACCAAAAGCUGAAUUAACUGAUCAAGGAACAUAUAAAUGUGUUGCAACAAAUCCUGAUGGUACUAUUGAAACAAAAGCAAAUAUUUCUGUUGGCACUAAACCAAAAGUUGAAGGUAAAGUCAAUGAUGUUACCGUACAAAUUAAUGAACCAGCUGAAUUACGUACUAAAUUCAGUGCAAUACCUAAACCAACUGUCCACUGGUAUAAAGAAAGUGAUUUAAAUACACCAUUAAAACCAAAUGAUCAUAUUGAAAUUAGUGAAUUACCUGAUGGUACAAAUGUCUUGAAAAUAAAAAAGACUGAUUUAACAGAUACUUCACCAUAUAUUGCUCGUGCAACAAAUAAAUUUGGUGAAAUUGAUUCAAAAAUAAAUUUAACUGUUAAAGAAAUAAAACCACAAAUUUUAUCUGAUCUUACAAAUGUAAAUGCAAUUCGUGAUGAACCAGCACAAUUUACUAUAAAAGCAACAGGAAAUCCUCAACCAACAAUUCAUUGGUUUAAAAAUGAUACUGAAGAAAUCCUUCCAACAAAUAAAGAUUUUCAAAUAAUUCAUGAUAGUCAAUCUGAUACGUAUACUCUUAAAAUAAAUAAAUGUAAACCUGAACAUCAAGGUGAUUAUUCAGCUGUUAUAACGAAUUCUGGUGGUACAAUUAAAUCUAAAAAAGGUAAAUUAACUGUUACAAAAGCACCUGAAUUUCUUGAAAAACCAACACCAAUUGAUAUCAAUGAAAAUCAAUUAGCUGAAUUUCAUACAAAAGUUGAUGCUUAUCCAGCACCAAAAAUUACAUGGUUAUUUGAUGGAAAACCAAUUACACCAAAAGAUGGUUUUGAUGUACAAACAGAUCAAGCAAAUGGUACAUCAGUAUUAACAAUUAAACAAGUUACACCUAAACAUGAUGGAAAAAUAACUGUUAAAGCUGAAAAUCCAACAGGUUCAAUUGAAGAAACUGUACCAUGUUCAGUUAAAACGGCACCAAAAAUUACAAAAAAACCAACAGAUACAGAAGCAUUAUUACAUACAGAUGCAGUUUUUACUGUUGAUGUUUCUGGUUCACCGAAACCAAAAGUUGAAUGGAUUCAUGGUGGUAAAGUAAUACAACCAUCCAAGAAAUAUGAUAUUAUUGAAGAAACACCAACAACAUCAAAAUUAAUUAUUCAUGAUGUCAAACCAGAAGAUGAAUUACCCGUUCAAAUUAAAGUUAAAAAUCCUCUUGGUGAAACUGAUUCAACAGUUCAACUUAAAGCACUUGAAACACCACGUAUUGAACCUGCAUUAGUUGAUAAAGAAGUAACAUUAAAUCAACCACUUGUUCUUAAAACAAAGGUUCAUGGUCGUCCAAAAGUUGAUGUUCAAUGGUUAAAGGAUCAAAAACCAAUAACACCAUCAGAUCAUGUUAAAAUUGAACAAAAUGGUGAUGAUUGUAUAUUAACUAUUUCAAAUAUUAAAGAAGAAGAUAUGGGUACAUAUACAUUAUCAGUUAAAAAUAAAGUUGGAAAAGUUGAUUCAACAUCACAUGUUAAUGUAACAGCUCCAUUAAAAUUUAAUAGUCAAUUAAAUGAUUUAGAUAUUGUACAAGGUGCAAAUGGUGUUUUAUCUGUUGAAUGUGAAGGUGUACCGAAACCGAAAUUAACUUGGUAUUUCAACGAUAAUGAAAUAAAAUCUACUCAAAAGACUCGUGUUGAUACGAAAGGUCCAGCCAGUAUAUUAACAAUAAAUAAAGCUGAUAUGCCUGAUAUUGGUGUUUAUAAAGUUGUAGCUGAUAAUGGUAAAGAAAAAAUUGAAACAACAGCUCAUGUUGAUGUUUGUGUUAAGCCAAAAGUUGAAGGUAAACCUGCUGAUGUAACAUGUUUAUUAAAUGAAACUGGUAAAUUAAAUGUUAAAUUUUCGGCUGUACCAAAACCAACCAUAACAUGGCAUAAAGCUGAUGGUACUGAAAUAAAACCUGAUAAUCGUAUUCAAAUUGUUACUGAUGAUAAUGGACAAUCAACAUUAAUUGUUAAUGAUACAACAACACAAGAUUCUCAACCUUAUACAGCACGUGCAACAAAUAAAGUUGGAUCUGUUGAUGCUAAAAUUAAUUUAACUGUUAAAGAAGUAAAACCAACAUUAAAAAAUGAUCUUGAACCACAAACAAUUAAUGUUGGUGAUGAACUUGUUUAUCGUCUUGCUGUUGAUGGUCGACCAACACCAACAGUUAAAUUCUAUAAAGAUGGAAAUGAAGUUGGUCCAGUUACUAUUGAACAACCAACUAAACCUGGUGAUACAACUGCAACUGCCGUUCUUCGUAUUCCAAAAGCUACAAUUAAUGAUCAAGGUGAAUAUCAAGCUUCAGUUGAAAAUCCUGCUGGUGUUGUUAAAACUAAAAAAGUUAAAGUUACUGUUCAACAAGUUCCCGUUUUUCUAAAAGCUCCUGAAAAUGCUUCUGUUAGUCAAGGUAAAGAUGUUACAUAUGAAGCUCAACUUUCUGCAUUUCCUACACCAAAAGUAACUUGGUUAUUAAAUGAGAAACCUUUAACACCAAAUGCUGAUUGUGCAAUUACAUUCGAUACAACAACUCAAAAAGCUUCCUUAACAUUACGUAAAGUUGAUUCUGAUAAACAGACAGGAACAAUAACAUGUCAAGUUGAAAAUCCAGCUGGAAAAGUAACACACGAUGCUAAACUUGAUGUUCGUACACAACCAAAAUUAACUAAACCAUUGAAAGAUGAAAGUAUUGUUCAAGGACAUGAUGUAACAUUAUCUGUUGAAUCAAGUGGAAAUCCAGCACCUAAACCAGAAUGGUAUUUUAAUGAUAAACCUAUUUCACCAACUGAUCAACAUUAUCAAAUAACAACACCAAAAGAAGGAAAUUUAUAUGAACUUAAAAUAAAACAAGCAAAACCAACUGAUGAAGGUACUUAUAAAGUUGUUAUGAAAAAUAGUGAAGGUGAAAUAACAAGUCAAGCUAAAUUAAAUGUUCAUACAUUACCUGUUAUUGAACCUUUACCAGCUAAAAUUGAAGCUGUACAAGAUGAAAAAGUUGUAAUUCGAUGUAAAGUUUCUGGACAUCCAAAACCUGAAAUAACAUUUUUAAAAGAUAAAAAAGAUGUUACAACACUAGAUGAUAAAGCACGUUUUCAUAUUGAACAUGAUGAUAAAACAAAUGAAGUUCGUCUUAUUAUUUCUAAUGUUAAAGAAGAAGAUCAAGGUAAAUAUACAAUACGAGCGAAAAAUCCAGCUGAUACAAUUGAAGAACAUACAAAUUUAGUUGUUACUGCACCAUUAUCAUUUAUUGAUAAAUUACAAGAUACAGAUGUAAUUAGUGGACAAAAUUUAACAUUAACAUGUCGUUGUCAAGGUAUACCUAAACCAACAAUAAAAUGGUAUCAAAAUGAUACUGAAAUAAAAUCAACAACAAAACAGAAAAUUGAAUCAAAACCUGAUGGUACACAAACAUUAACAAUAAAUCGUGUUGAUUUAACAGAUGGUGGACAAUUUAAAAUUGUUGCAACUAAUCCACAAGGUACAAUAACAUCACCAUGUAACGUUGAUGUUCUUAUGAAACCUAAAAUUGACGGUAAAGUACAAGAUACACAAGUUGUUAUUGAUGAACCAGCUGAAUUAAAUGUUAAAUUAUCUGGUGUACCAAAACCAAAUAUUCAAUGGUUUAAGAAUGGUGAACCAUUGACUAUUGAUAAUAAACGUAUAAAAACUAUUGACAAACCUGAUGGUUGCUCAUUAAUUAUUGAUCAUGCACAAUUAGAUGAUAAAGGUUCCUAUACAUUAAAAGCAACAAAUAAAGCUGGUGAAGUUGAAUCACCAAAAAUAUCAUUGAAUGUUACAGCUGUACAACCAAAACUUACAUCUGAUUUACAACCAACAUUAAAUGUUACAAAAGGUGAACCUAUUGUUUUAACAAUACAAGCUGAUGGUAAACCUAAACCAAAAGUUAAAUGGUUUAAAGGAACUGAAGAAAUACCAGUAAAUCAACCAGGUGUUAAAAUUGUUGAAGAAGGUGAUAAUACAUAUAAAUUAAUUAUUGAAAAAGCAACAGAUAAAGAUCAAGGAGAAUAUAGUGCAGUUGUUCAAAAUCCUGGUGGACAAGUUAAAACGAAAAAGACAGCUGUUACUGUUACAAAAUUGCCUGAAUUUGUUUCCAAACCAACUGAUACAACAGUUAAACAAGGUGAAACAGCAACAAUUGAAUGUAAAGUCGAUGGUUUACCUGUACCUAAGAUAACUCUAUUACGUGAUGGAAAACCAUUAACACCUAAAGAUGGUAUUGAACAAACAUUUGAUGCUCCCAAUAAUCGUCUUGUCAUAACCGCUAAAAAUGCUCGUAUUGAUCAAAGUGGUACAAUAACUUGUAAACUAGAAAAUCCAGUUGGAACAACUGAAACUUCAUUUAAAUUAAAUGUUACAGCUGCACCAACUAUAUCCAAAGGUUUAACCGAUCAAGAAUGUCUUUUAGGUAAAGAACUACGUUUAACUGUUGUUUCAUCGGCUAGUCCACAACCAACAGUUAAAUGGUUUAAAGAUAAUGUUGAAUUAAAAAAUGUUGGUACUAAAGUUAAUGAUGAUACUUAUGAAUUAGUUAUACCUAAUGUUAAACCAGAAGAUGAAGGCAAUUAUAAAGUUGUUAUUUCAAAUCCUCUUGGAGAUAAAGAAUCUCAAUGUAAAAUAAAUGUUAUUGAACCAACAGAGCUUAAAUGUCAAUUUCCGGAACAACAAACAAUUCAAGUUGGUCAACCAAUUAAACUUGAAUGUAAAGUUAGCGGACGUCCACAACCGGAAGUAAUAUGGACAAAAGAUGGUAAAGAAAUAAAACCAUCUGAUCAUGUUGAAAUAACGAAAAAACCUGAUGGUACUUGUUCAAUGACAAUUAAAGAAGCUACGCCAGAUGAUAAAGGUGUUUAUAAAGUAGUAUGUAAAAAUAAAUUACAAACACGUGAAGCUCAAACACAAAUUCAAGUCUCAUCACCAUUGAAAUUUAAUACAACACUUAAAGAUACCGUAGCACAAGUUGGACAAAGUGUUACACUUGAAGUUGAUUGUGAAGGAUUACCAAAACCAACAGUUAAAUGGCUUUUGAAUGGACAAGAAAUAACACCAUCAGCUAAAUAUAAAAUAGAAUCAAAAGGAAAUACUAAUAAAUUAACAUUACCUAAAGUUGAUCUCGUUGAUACGGGUGUCUAUGAAGUUGUUGUUUCAAAUGGUCUUGAAACUAUCAAGGCACAAUCAAAACUUGAUGUUUGUGUCAAACCUAAAGUUGAAGGUAAACCUACGGAUGUUAAUGUCCAUAUUGGUGAACCAGCUAAAUUACAAUGUAAAAUCUCUGCUUCACCAGCACCAACCAUUACUUGGCUUAAAGAUGAUCAACCAUUAAAACCAUCGGAUAAUGUUACUCCACAUACUGAACCCGAUGGUACACAAACUCUUACUUUUAAAUCUGCUCAAAUGACCGAUAAAGCAACAUAUACAUGUCGAGCAACAAAUAUUGGUGGUACAGCAGAAGUUAAAUUAAAUCUUAAUGUUCAACAAAUCAAACCAACUCUUAAAUCUGAUCUUGACAAAGAUAUAACUGCUCAAGUAGGUGAAACAAUUCCAUUAACAAUACAAGUAUCAGGCACCAAACCUAAAGUAAAAUGGUAUAAAAAUGGUGAAGAAAUCCAUGAAACAGUUGAAGAAAAUAUUGAAAUUGUUGAAGAAGAAGAAACAUAUACAUUUUUAAUAAAAAAAGCAAAACCAAAAGACAGUGGUGAAUAUCAAGCUGUUAUUACAAAUGAUGUUGGACAAAUUAAAACAAAAAAAAUUAAAGUACAAGUACAAAAAGCACCAGAAUUGAAAAAGAAACCACAACCAUUUAUUACUGUUAAAGAAGGUGAACAAGCAUGUUUUGAAUGUGAAUUUGAUGGAAAUCCACAACCAAAAGUUACAUGGUUACGUGAUGGAAAACCAUUAACACCUAAAGAUGGUUUUGAUAUUAAAACAGAUACAACAACUGGUAAAAGUACAUUAACUGUAAAUCAAGCAGCACCAAAACAUUCUGGUCCAAUAACAUUACAUUUAGAAAAUUCAGUUGGAACACCUAUUGAAGAAGUUGUUCAAUUACAAGUUGAAACAGCACCACAAUUAUUACAAAAACCACAGCCAACAUGUGAAGCACAUUUAAAUCAAACAGCAAUAAUUCCAUUUAAAUGUUUAUCAACACCAAAACCAAAUAUUAAAUUAUAUAAAAAUGAAAUUCAUAUACCAUUAACUGGUGAUCAUUAUGAUAUUGUACCAAAUCCAAAUGAUUCAACAAGUUAUGAAAUUCAAAUAAGAAAAGUUCAACCUGAUGAUGAAGGAAAUUAUCGUAUACAUAUUGAAAAUCCUUUAGGAAGUAUUGAUUCAAAUGUUCAAGUAACAACUGUUGAUAAUGUAUCAAUUAAGCCAUCAAAACCAAAUAAAACAGAUUUAAAACAACAUGAAACAUUAGUACUUGAAUAUAUUGUUGAUGGAAGACCAAAACCUGAUAUAGUUUUUAUGAAAGAUGGUAAAGAAAUAAAACCAUCACCUAAAACACAAAUAACUUACGAUGAAAAAACAAAAGUUUGUCGAUUAGUUACAACAGAUGUUGGACAAGAAGAUCAAGGUACUUAUACAUUAGUUGCAAAGAAUAAAUUAGGUAAACAAGAAACUGAACCUGUUAAAGUUAAUGUUACAGCACCUAUUGUUGUUAAAACAAAAUUACCUGAAACAACUGAUGGUGUACUUGGUGAACAAACAACAUUAACUGUCGAAGCUGACGGUCUUCCUCAACCAAAAGUAACAUGGCUCUUCAAUGGUCAACCAGUCAAAACAUCACCAAAACAUAAAAUUGAAACACCAAAAGAGAAUCCAAAUCAAACAACAUUAACUAUUACUAAAUUAGAUACAACUGAUAUAGGCAAAUAUACUGCUAUUAUUGAUAAUGGUCUUGAAAAAGUCGAAACAACUACUACAUUAAAUGUUCAUACUAAACCUAAAUUAGAAUCUAAACUUGAACCAACAACAUCAUUUAAUGUUGGUGAACAAGCAGAAAUACCAAUACGUCUCAGUGGUGAAAAUAAUACAGUAACUUGGUAUAAAGAUUCUCAAGAAAUUCAUUUUGAUCGUCGUAUUCGUAUUGUAACUGAAGAAUAUAAUUCCUAUAAAUUAGUUAUUGAUGAUUUACGUCCAGAAGAUAAAGGUGUUUAUACUAUACUAAUCAAAAAUAAAGGUGGAACAUUGGAAGUAAAAACUGUAUUAACUGUCAAAGAACAAAAACCACAAUUAUUAGCUGAUUUAAAUGAUUCUCCAGCUGCAAAUACAGCUAAAAUAGGUGAAGAAUUUUUCUUAGAAAUUCGUGCACUAGGUAAACCACAACCAAAAGUAACAUGGUUAUUAAAUGGACAAGAAUUAUCAUCUACUUCAUCUGAUUAUGAGUUAAUUGUAACUGAAGAUGGUUUUUAUCGUAUUAGAUUUUAUCAUUUUCAUGAACGUUAUCUUGGUGAAUAUCAAGCUGUAAUAACAACUAGUACAAGUUCCAUACGAACAAAAAAAAUUCGAGUUGUUGGACAACAAGCACCUAUAUUUACUCAAGCACCACCGAAAUUUAUUCAAAUAAAAACAGGUGAAAAAUUAACCAUUGAAUGUAUGGCUAAAGGACAUCCAACACCAAAAGUAACUUGGUUACGUGAUGGAAAAGUUUUAUCAAAUAAAGAUGGUUAUGAAAUUAAAACUGAUCAAACAACUGGUCAUGCAAUAUUUAUAAUUCCACAUGGAACAGUUAACUAUUCAGGCAAAUAUGAAUGUAAAGUUGAAAAUCAAUAUGGUACACAUACAGCUGAAAUUAAUAUUGAAGUUCUUCCGCCACCAGUUACUCAACAAAAAUUAAAAGAUUUCGAUAUAGCACGUGGACAAGAGGUUACAAUAACGGUUACAGCUAAUGGUACUCCAUUACCAUCUUGUACAUGGUUUCAUAAUGACAAACAGCUUUAUCAAAAACCUAAUCGUGUUGUAAUGAUUGAUGAUGGACCAACACAUAUUUUGAAAUUACUCGGUGUUGAAUUAGCUGACGCAGGAUUCUAUAAAGCAGUUGUUCAAAGUGCAAUAAGUACAACUGAAUUAAUCAGUCAAGUCACUGUUAGAGAUGUAGCUGAUGAAUCAUCAGUACCAGUUGAUGUUCGUGUAAGUCAAGGUGGUACAUGUACACUUGAAUGUCAAGCAUCAGGUACACCAUUACCCCAAGUUAUAUGGACAAGAAAUGGUCAAGAAAUAAAAUCAAAUGAAUAUUUUCUAAUUGAAUCAUCUCCAAAUGGUAAUCAUCGUUUAAUUAUAAAAAAUACUCAAUUUGAACAUGCCGGUAAAUAUGUUGCAAAUGUUAAACAUAAAGUACAAACACAAUUUAUGAAUUUUAACGUUAUAAUUAACGAACGAAAAGCAUCCACAACAGCAAGUGCCACGAUUAAUUUAACAGGAUUAAAUCCUGAACAACAAAUUCAACAAAUUCAAGUUCAACUUCGUCCAUUAUUUCUUCAUUUUGGUUUACAAGAUAUUCCUCGUUCUUUAAAUGAUAUAUUAUUUAAUACAACUCAAGAUAAAGCAUUUCAUACAAGUGAAGAUCAACUAAAAGAACGAGGAAUAUCUUCUCAAGCUGAACAAGCGAUUGAAUAUACAAAAGAAUUAUUAAAGAAAAUUGAAGAUAUAAUGUAUCCAUGA